ACUUCAAGCGAACGCGAUGCCAGGCGACAAAGGGUACACUUAUACUGGUUCAGGCACUAACAGUCGGGGGAACCAUUACUGUAGUCGUGCGGACAGUGGCACUGGCAAACCUUCGUAUCAUUACUCCAAUACCGAUGGGUCGUACUAUUACUCCAACUCCAAUAGUUCGACCUAUUAUAAUAGUGGGACAGGUUAUUCCCAGUACACUUCCCCUGGUGGUAAUGUUACCAAGUCAACGGGCAAGUGAGUUGACAUCGGGAAUAGAAGGAAGAUAUUCGUACUUACAUCUUAGCAGCCAAAUGUACAAUGAUAAAGUGUGUUCUAAAUAGCUGAUAAGAAAGUUGACUGAUCCAAUUUUUACGUAUGAUCCAUUUGGUCAGCAAGAAAUGGAUCACAUCAUCAUAUGGCUGCAGAGAAUGGAAUAUAGAAGCAUCAUUAGGAUUGAACCUAGCCCAAUGUGAUAGGGACAAAGGGGUCGCUAUGUGCUUUCCUGACAGGAUAAUUGAAAAUGGAGAGCGUCCUGGUACCAGUCUUCUGUGGUUAUACGUUUGUUACUACUCAUCUAAUAAAUCUGUCUGAG